AGAGCAGCGGAAAUCUCCUCCCAAAACAACAUAUAUCUAUGAAAAUAUAACAAAGACAACCCUUCCUAGAAUAAAGACCAGAGGACACAGGACAAUAUCCAGACCACAUCCGCACCUGAGAGAACCCAGCGACUCGCGAAGGGGGAAACUGAAGCUGCAGAGAACCUGCGGAUAGCCAGGAAUAAUUUAGAGAUUUUGAAUGAGAAGAUGACAGUCCAACUAGAAGAGACUGGUGAGAGGUUACAGUUAGCGGAAAGCAGAAGUCCACAGCUUGAAGGUGCUGACAGCAAGAGCUGGAAAUCUAUUGUUGUUACAAGAAUGUAUGAAGCCAAGUUGAAAAAACUGGAAACUGAUAUUGCAAAAAAAACCCAUAGCCUUACUGAUCUUAAACAGCUUGUAAGACAAGCAACAGAAAGGGAACAAAAAGUUAAGAAAUAUACUGAAGACCUCGAGCACCAGAUUGAGAUUCUCAAACAUAUUCCUGAAGGUGAUGAGACAGAACAAAGUCUUCGGCGGGAGCUUCAAGUUCUUAGACUUGCUAAUAGUCAGCUGGAGAAAGAAAAAGCAGAAUUAAUCCAUCAGAUAGAAGUUAACAAAAACCAAAGUGGAGCUGAAAGCACCAUACCUGAUCCUUAUCAACUAAAGGAAAAGGUAAAAGAUCUAGAAACACAGCUCAAAACCUCAGAUCUAGAAAAGCAGCACUUCAAGGAGAAAGUAAAAAAGCUGAAGAAAGAACUGGAAAAUUUUGAUCCUUCAUUUUUUGAAGAAAUCGAAGAUCUGAAGUAUAAUUACAAAGAAGAAGUGAAAAAAAAUAUUCUCUUGGAAGAGAAGUUGAAAAACCUUUCUGAACAGUUUGGAGUUGAAUUAACUAGUCCUGUUGCUGCUUCUGAACAGCUGGAAGAUGAAGAAGAAAGUCCUACUAAUUUCCCCAUUUAUUAA